CGGCAUGGCACCUAACGACGAAAGCUUUUUGCUUUUUCUUUUCCCAGUCUCGGAUCCUCGCCGAGAUCUGGCCACCCAUCUCUCCCCCAACCUCUUCUCUUCCCAGGGGCAGCAGGAUCGGAGUCUGCCUGCCGGCGCACAUUGCCUCUGAUCCACCGACCCCGCGCGGUCCGACAUUGCCGUGCCCCAGCCGGCGACCUGAGACCAUCUCGCCACCGCCGGGAGCCGAGACCAAAUGGGGUCCUUCAACGGCCACGUGCUGCCGGGGACGCUGUUCCUAGCGGUAGGCCUGUGGCGAGUAUGGUCCGCGGUGGCGCGCUUCGCCGCCGACCCACCUUCCUUCCGCGUCCGGGCGUGGUGCCCCCUCGAGCUCCCCACCAGAGCGCCCCGCCUCCUGGAGCUCUACGUGGUAGCCGGCGGCGCGUUCCUCGACAUGUGCCUGGAGCUAGGCGGCGGCGUCCUCGCCGGCCGCGGCGGAGGCGUCGCCCCGGAGUCCAGCCUCAUCUACCUCGAGCACGCUGGCAUGCUCCUCAUGUUCUUCCUCUUCGGUGCGCUCGCCCUCCUCUCCCAGAAGUGCACCAGGUACCUGCCUCUGACCGACGGCGAGCUGUGCCUGGUGGCGGCGACGGCGUUCACAUCUGAAUUCCUGCUCUUCUCCUACCACUCCGGCACCCACAUGGGCUUGGAAGGCUACUACCACCACCUCCUCGUCAUCCUCAUCGGCCUCUGCAUCCUCACCAGCGUCCUCGGCGCGCUCCUGCCGGCGAGCUUCCCCGUCGACGUCGCCGCCGGCACGCUCAUCGCGCUGCAGGGGUUGUGGUUCUACCAGACGGCGCUCACGCUGUACGGGCCCAUGCUCCCGGACGGGUGCGACCGCAACGCCAAAGGCGACCAGAUCGACUGCAGCAGCCGUGCCGCGGAGGAGCGCGCCGAGCAGCUGGCCAAUUUCCAGCUGUUUGGGGCCGUGUUCCUCGCCUUCGUCUACGUGCUUGGUUGCUAUGCCGUUGCAGCGGCGAGGUACGGGCACCCGGAAUUGGUGACGAUGCAUGGGGAACACGUCGCCGCCCUGGAGUGCCGUGGCGUCGGCAUCGGCGGCGCCUGUGCUGAGGAGUGCGUGGUCUAGUGGCGCCUGAUGAGUACAUAUAUCUUCAACUCUGUUCUUGCCUUACUACUCAGUAGCAAGUGCAAAACAUGGUGUGAUAUGUUGUUGUUAGUGCUGGAUCAAUUGUGAGAAAUUUUCAAAUGGAGAAUACUAGCUGGAUCAAAAGUUUGCAGGCAAAAUACCAAUCAUAUAGUCUGGAGAUCAAAUUCGGGCAAAAGAUGUAAAGAAAUAGAAGCGUUUCAAGAUGGAAUUUGAGACCAUGUCUCCUGAUGUUCUA